UCCACACACAAAUGUUCAACUCGAAAGAAAAGAGAGGAGAAAAGGAAAGGAAGAGGGAAAGAACAUAUGGAUAGAAGAGAAGGAACAUCACAUAAUGAUAAGGGAAAGGCUCAUGUUCUAGUGGUAACAUAUCCCUUACAAGGACACAUCAACCCACUCCUCCAAUUCUCCAAGCGCUUAGCUUCAAAGGGCCCCAAGGUUACUCUCAUCCUCCCUUCCUCCACCAUUAAAUUCCCCCCGGGUGCCACCCCAAGUUCGAUCUCCGUCGCACACAUCCCUGAUGGGUACAAGGAGGGCGAGACCUUGACCGUCGAUGAACACCUACAACGGUUCCAAACAGUCGUCUCCCGAAACUUAUCAGAGUUCAUUCGUGAACAGGUCGAGUCUGACUUCCCGCCCAAGGUCCUAGUGUAUGACUCGAUCCUGGUUUGGGCCUUGGACAUAGCCCGUGAACAUGGGCUGCUUGGGGUUCCAUUCUUCACCCAGUCAUGUGUGGUUAAUGCCAUAUACUACCUAGUGAAUCAUGGCCAGCUCGAGAUUCCGCCGCGGGGCCCAUUCAAUUCGAUGCCUUCAGCACCUCCCCUCGAAGUUAGUGAUCUGCCUUCAAUGAUUACUGACAUCGAAUCAUAUCCGAUAUUGUUAUCGCUGGUCAUUAACCAAUUCUCAAAUUUGGAGAGAGCCAAGUGGAUUCUAGUCAAUACUUUCUUUGAGCUCGAAGAAGAGGUAGUAAAGUGGAUGAGGACCCAAUGUCCAAUCAUGACUAUUGGGCCAAGCAUCCCAUCAAUCUACUUGGAUCGCAGACUGGAAGAUGACAAAGAGUAUGGGCUCAGCCUCUUCAAGUCCGAAAUGGAAUCUUGCAUGAAGUGGCUUGACACCAAGGAGGCCAAUUCUGUCAUCUACAUAUCCUUUGGGAGCUUAGCUUCUCUUGGAGAAGAGCAAAUGGAGGAACUAGCCUGGGGCCUCAAGAACAGCAACAUCUAUUUCCUAUGGGUGGUCAGAGAGUCGGAGAAGAAGAAUCUCCCGGCUGGCUUCCUAGAUGACAUCGCAACGUCAGAGAUGGGCUUGGUCGUGGCUUGGUGCUCACAGCUCGAAGUACUAGCACAUAAAGCAAUCGGGUGCUUUGUCACGCACUGUGGGUGGAACUCGACGCUGGAGGCCUUGUGCCUCGGAAUGCCGUUGGUGGGGAUGCCUCAGUGGACGGACCAGCCCACGAAUGCUAAGUUCAUCGAGGACGUGUGGAAGGUUGGGCUUAGGGUCAGGACUGGUGAGAAGGGCAUUGCAGGUAGGGAAGCGAUUGAGGCAUGUGUUAGGGAGAUGAUAGAAGGGGAGAAGGGCAAAGAGGUCAGGAGGAAUUCUUUGAUGUGGAGAGAGUUGGCCAAACGGGCAGUCGAUGAAGGAGGGAGUUCGGAUAAGAACAUCGACGAAUUUGUUGCUGAACUCAUAUGACUUUGAUCACACGAUCAUAACACGGAAUACAACUGUCAAACCAGUGCAUGUAUGAAGUAAUCGUGUGAUAUAACAUUAAAUUAAGGGGUACCCACUAUAUGUAUGAAGUAUUCAUGUGACGUAACAUUAAAUUAAGGGGCUCCAUUUUUAGAA